CGACUAGACUUCUUCAUCUGCUACUUUGUUAUCAUUUUUGGCUGGUUCUCAAGUUAUGGCCAAUCUUUCUCCCACACUCCUCGGUCCACUUAUCUUUUUGACUGGCUCUCAAGCCAUGGCCACUCUUUCUCACACUCUACCCUCAGCCUCAGCACUACCAAUCUUGCAACCAAAAACCUUUACUUCCAACUCCAUCAAAUGCUGUGAGAACCAAAGGGAGACUGUUAAGCUGUCCAAUAAUGGGUUGGCUACUUUUCCUGAGAAGAAUGAUCUUCGUAGUUCAGCUUCUGCUACUGUUCGACCUCCUAGGCCUCGCCGGAUAAUCCUGGUCAGACAUGGACAGAGUGAAGGGAAUCUUGAUGAGACUGCUUACACACGAAUUGCUGAUCCAAAGAUUGCACUGACAGAGAAAGGAAUAGCUGAAGCUGAGGCAUGUGGGUUAGAAAUUAGAGAGAUGAUUGAGCGAGACAAAAUAGAAAAUUGGAAGGUCUACUUCUAUGUGUCUCCCUAUAGAAGAACACUCGAAACUUUAAAGAGCCUAGCUCGUGGAUUUGAGCGCACUAGAAUUGCUGGCGUGAGAGAAGAGACUCGCCUAAGAGAACAAGAUUUUGGCAAUUUUCAGGAUAGAGAGAAGAUGCGAUAUGAGAAAGCUAUCCGCAUGCUCUAUGGCCGUUUCUUUUACCGCUUUCCCAAUGGCGAGUCCGCAGCUGAUGUUUAUGAUAGAAUAACAGGGUUCAGAGAAACACUGAGAUCAGAUAUUGAUAUUGGACGCUUUCAGCCUCCAGGCGACCAAAAUCCAGGCAUGAACUUAGUGAUAGUCUCCCAUGGUCUAACACUUCGAGUAUUUCUAAUGAGAUGGUACAAAUGGACAGUAGAGCAAUUUGAGCAGCUAAAUAAUUUGGGCAAUGGAAAAAUAAUUGUUAUGGAACGAGGCUAUGGUGGAAGGUACAGCUUAUUAAUGCAUCAUUCUGAAGAAGAGCUAAGAGGCUUUGGAUUAUCAGAUGAUAUGCUAAUGGAUCAGGAAUGGCAAAAAUUUGCCAGACCAGGUGAACUAAACUACGAUUGCCCAAUGAUGAAUUCCUUCUUCACCCACUUCGCUGAUGAGGGCUGCAAGACCUGAGUUACGGUACAGUAACAAAAUUAUUAGCACGUCACAAGAAAAUGAAAGCAGGAGCUUUACAUCGUUAUAACAUAAAAUAGAUAAGCAUAGCUGACUAGGUUUUCGGUUAAAUCACUACCUCAAUGUAAAAGAGGGAAUCUCCUCAAUGGUCUUGUGUGGAAACCAGAAAGCUAGUGUUCUCUAUUCUUCCCCCCUAUACAGCAUUAGCUCAGAAAAUUGUGAAGUUUAUCAA